AUGGAAGAAAUCAGGAUUUCACCUGGGGGAGCUGGCCAGGGCUUGGAUACAGAGAGAAACCCUGAAACGGCUGAGCAACCUCUGACCCAAGGAGAAAGGAGUGCACAGUUCAAUGCAUUCCUGAUCAGGAUCUGUAGCCCCCUUUCAAAGGCAUGUGACUUUUGUCAGGCGCACGCUGAGAUACUGCACAAGAUCUUCUUGGGCCUUCUCAUUGCAGCUUAUCUGGCGUACUUCAUCGCGGCCUGUUGGCUGGACUUCCAGCGGGCCUUAGGUCUGUUUGUUUUAACGUGCCUGGCCAUCUUUCUCAUGGCCUAUAACUUGGUGCAGAAAUGGUGGGGGGUGCACAUCAUCCAGCUGUUAAGCCCAGUUGGGAAAUGCUUCCGGAGCACCUGGCCCUGGUUGAAAUGGGCAUUUUAUCUGCUCAUUCCAGUCAGCCUCAUCACACUCCUGGUUCUAGAUGUGUCCCAAAGGAAAGAGCAGUUGGUGUCGCUGGGUGGCUUCAGUGUGUUGGUCCUGGCUCUCUUCCUCUGUUCCAGACACCAUAGUGCUGUAUCCUGGAGAACUGUGUUCUGGGGGCUUGGCCUGCAGUUUCUCCUUGGAGUCUUCAUCAUCCGGACAAAGCCUGGAUUUCUGGCUUUCCAAUGGCUUGGCAAACAGAUCUCGAUAUUCCUUGGUUAUACCCGGGCCGGUUCCAGUUUCGUCUUUGGGGACAGACUGAUCAAUGAAUCUUUUGCCUUUCUGGCUUUACCCAUCAUUGUCUUCUUCAGCUGCGUAACGUCUAUUCUCUACUACCUGGGGGUCAUACAGUGGGUGAUCUUUAAGAUCUCUUGGCUGCUGCAAAUUACCAUGAACACAAGCACCACUGAGUCGCUGAGCGUGGCAGGGAACGUGUUUUUGGGAAUGACAGAGGCUCUGCUGCUUAUCCAUCCCUACUUGUCAGAAUUGACAAGCUCAGAAAUCCACGCUGUGAUGGCUGGUGGCUUUUCCACUAUUGCUGGCAGCGUGAUGGGUGCCUACAUUUCAUUUGGGGUAGACGCCUCAUCCUUGAUCGCAGCAUCAGUGAUGGCCGCACCCUGUGCUUUGGCAAUGGCAAAACUUGUCUAUCCAGAAGUGGAAGAGUCCAAGUUCCGGAAUAUGGAGAAUGUGACUAUUACCGCUGGGGAGGAGCGGAAUGUUAUAGAAGCCGCCAGCAACGGGGCUGCGAUUUCCGUGGGGAUGGUGGCUAACAUUGCAGCCAACCUCAUCGCUUUCCUGGCUAUGCUAGCUUUCAUCAACGCCGUACUGGCUUGGUUGGGACACAUGGUCAAUGUACCAGGACUCUCUUUUGAGCUGAUCUGCUCCUAUGUGCUGGUGCCCGUGGCGUUCUUAUUAGGGGCCAGCUGGGAUGAUGCACCCAUCGUAGCUGAGCUGCUGGGCAUCAAGCUCUUCUUGAAUGAGUUUGUGGCCUAUCAGCAACUGGCCACUUACAAAAAGCACCGGCUGGACGGAUGGCCUGAGUGGGGGAGGGCAAAGAAGCAGUGGAUUUCGGUGAGAGCCGAAAUCAUUUCAACAUUUGCGCUCUGCGGAUUUGCCAAUCUGGGCUCUACUGGAAUCAUGCUGGGAGCCUUAACAUCCCUGGUGCCACAGCGCAAAAGUGAAUUUUCUAGCAUCAUCCUGUGGUCUUUACUCACCGGAACUUGCGUUUCUCUCAUCAAUGCAUGCAUUGCAGGGAUCCUGUAUGUGCCCAGAGAAGAUGUGACUGAUUGCCCAGCCCUCUUCAGAACAGCCAACCUCAGUUCCACCAGCUACUCAAUCUAUCUUUGCUGCCAAGGCUUGUUUUCCAGCACCUCCUUGGCAACAGACGGCUCAUUUUCCUUCUCCGGCACUUGGCAAAAUCAGGAUGCCAAUGCUACCGCGACGCGUCUCCAGCAGUGCUGUGGUCACUAUAAGGCCGUGGUGUGUGGCAAGCCGUAA